GGCCGUGGCCCCCGGCGAGUCACGUGGGCGGGCGCGCUCAGUGCGGCUGCGCCGGCCGGUCGCUGCAGCCGGAGUGGUGGCGUUUGGAAGCGACGCGAAACUGGAUGGCUUCUACAGGGAGCCAGGCCUCUGAUAUAGACGAGAUUUUUGGAUUCUUCAGUGAUGGCGCACCCCCCACCAAAAAGCCCAGGAAGCUGCUUCCAAGCUUGAAAACUAAGAAGCCUCGGGAACUCGUGCUGGUGAUUGGAACAGGCAUCAGCGCUGCGGUUGCACCGCAGGUUCCAGCCCUGAAAUCCUGGAAGGGGUUAAUUCAGGCCUUACUGGAUGCUGCCAUUGAUUUCGAUCUUCUAGAGGAUGAGGAGAGCAGAAAAUUUCAGAAAUGUCUCCAUGAAGACAAGAACCUUGUCCACGUUGCCCAUGACCUUAUCCAGAAACUCUCUCCUCGCACCAGUAAUGUUCGAUCCACAUUUUUCAAGGACUGUUUAUAUGAAGUAUUUGAUGACUUGGAGUCAAAGAUGGAAGAUUCUGGAAAACAGCUACUUCAGUCAGUUCUCCACCUGAUGGAAAAUGGAGCCCUCGUAUUAACUACAAAUUUUGAUAAUCUGCUGGAACUGUACGCAGCAGAUCAGGGAAAACAACUUGAAUCCCUUGAUCUUACUGACGAGAAAAAGGUCCUAGAGUGGGCUCAAGAGAAGAGGAAGUUGAGUGUGUUGCACAUCCAUGGGGUCUACACCAACCCUAGUGGCAUUGUCCUUCAUCCAGCGGGAUAUCAGAACGUGCUCAGGAACACGGAAGUUAUGAGGGAGAUUCAAAAACUCUACGAAAACAAGUCAUUUCUUUUCCUGGGCUGUGGCUGGACUGUGGACGACACCACUUUCCAGGCCCUCUUCCUGGAGGCCGUCAAGCACAAAUCCGACUUAGAACAUUUCAUGCUCGUUCGGAGAGGAGAUGUAGAUGAGUUCAAGAAGCUUCGAGAAAACAUGCUGGACAAGGGGAUUAAGGUCAUCUCCUAUGGAAAUGACUAUGCUGAUCUUCCAGAAUAUUUCAAGCGACUCACAUGUGAGAUCUCCACGAGGGGAAGAUCUGCAGGGAUGGUGAGAGAAGGUCAGCUGAAUGGCUCGUCUGCAGCGCACGGUGAAAUAAGAGGCUGUAGUACAUGAGCGAGCUAGAGAAAUCACCACCAUUAGACCAAGCUGUAAAGGCCCUACCGUGGACAGUGUUUAACAAGUAAACUUACAAGAACCCAACACAGCUCCCAGGAAGUACCAGUACCUAGAGGUUGAAGGUUGGGGAUAGAGUAGGGGGGAUGUGUUCCAACUUAAUCCUUCGUGCCAGCUGGUUCUUGAUACUCUGCCUGUUCCAGUUCAAGAAUACCCAAGUGACAACAGGACCCAAAUGCAGCCCCCCACCCACUCCCCAGGCUGGACGUGCUUGUGUCCACACAGCAGACCGAUGUGAUGCCUCCACUGAGUGUGGCUGCAGCUCUGCAUGGACUCGGGGGCAGAUGCCAUGGAACCACCGUGGCUGCUGUUGCCGUUUUGUACUCUAUACUCGGUUUUUCAAUUCAGCGUAAUGGUUUUUUUAAAACAUGAGUUGAAGCUCUAGUUUUCUAGAUCUUUUACAGUGUACAGUAUUUUACAUAACUGAGCUGUAUUAAAAGCUUGUUCAUUUACUUGCCAG